AUGGCAGGUGUGAAUGCUUAUCAUUUUGAUCAAGAUGAAUCAAGAAAAGAACUCGCACGUAUGAUCAUCUUGCAUGAGUAUCCCCUUUCUAUAGUUGAUCACAUUGGCUUUAGAAGAUAUUCAACUUCUCUUCAACCAUUGUUCAAGAUGGUUUGUAGGAACACAAUCAAGAAGGACAUUACGAGCAUCUAUGAUCAUGAAAGGGAGAAAUCAAUACAUGAAAUAGAAAAGAAUCGGAGUAGAAUUGCUAUUACCACUGAUAUGUGGAAUUCACAAAACAAAAAGCGAGGGUUUAUGGUUGUAACAGCACACUUCAUUGAUGAUUUCUGGAGAUUACAAAGCCGAGUUAUGAGGUUUAUUUAUGUGCCAUCUCCACAUACAAAAGAAGUGCUUUCUGAUGUCCUUUUACAAACCUUGUUGGAAUGGAGCAUUGAUAGGAAGUUAUCUACUAUGACAGUGGACAAUUGUAGUACCAAUGAUGUAGUUAUAAAUAUUAUACUAGACAAGCUUCAACGUAGUACCCUUGUUAUGCGUGGAUCAAUGUUGCAUAUGCGUUGUGCAGCACAUGUUCUUAAUUUGAUUGUUCAGGAUGGUUUGAAUGUUAUUGGAUCAUGCAUUGAGAAGGUUCGUGAGAGUGUGGGAUUUUUGACUGGAUCAACAAAAAGAAGGCAACGAUUUACAGAUACGGCUCGACAAUUACAUGUUGAAUGUACCAAAGAACUAGCCCUUGAUUGUAAGACUCGCUGGAACUCUACCUAUCUUAUGCUUUCUACUGCUAUAGAGUAUCGAGAUGUCUUUUUUCGAUUGAGCCAAAGGGAGUCAUCUUAUAAGUGUAUUCCAAAAGAGGAAGAAUGGGAGAUGACAAGUAGUAUAUGUGAGAGAUUGGCAUUGUUUUACAAGGUUACAGAGCUAUUCUCAGAAAAAUUUGACUGUUAUUGGAAUGUGAUUCACGGUGUUAUGGCUGUGGCAACCAUUUUAGACCCAAGACAUAAGAUUGAAUUGUUGGAAUAUUAUUUUCCUCUUAUUUAUGGUGAUGAAGCUGAAAAUGAAAUUCAAAGAGUUAGAGAUACUUGCUAUGAAAUGAUUCGUGACUAUACUUCUGGGAGAAUGGGUAGGGAAGGCCUUUCAUCUGUUGUAGAUGGAAUUGAAGCUAAUACAUUCCAAAACAUCCUUGAUGAUUCUGAUGAUGAAGAAGAAAGUGGUGUCACUACAUUGGGAGAAAGCGAAACUUAUUCUUAA